AUGUCCUUCGCCGCGCUCAGGGCAUCCGCACGUCGCGUCGGUGCCGCCGCACCCGUCGUCCGUGGUUCCCGCUCCGCGUUCCGCAACCCCGCGUUCCGCAAGUACUCGACCGAGGCCCCCAAGUCGAACACCAAUGCCGCAUCUACGGUGCCCUCGGUGCCGUCGUCGUCGGUGACGGCCGGCACCGCAGCCAAGUCGGGCGCGCAGGCCGCCAAGGUCGCCGCGAACUUCGUGCCCACCAAGGAGGACUACCAGAAGGUGUACAACCGUGUCGCAGAGAUCCUGGACGAGGCCGCCGAUAAGGACGGCUCGUACGGCCCCGUCCUCGUCCGCCUGGCGUGGCACGCCUCCGGCACCUACGAUAAGGACACGAACACCGGCGGCAGCAACUACGCCACGAUGCGCUUCGACCCCGAGUCGAAGCACGGGGCGAACAACGGCCUGAACGUCGCGCGCACCCUCCUCGAGGACGUCAAGAACGAGUUCCCGUGGAUCUCGUACGGCGACCUGUGGACGCUCGCCGGCGUCGCCGCCAUCCAGGAGCUCGGCGGCCCCAAGAUCCCCUGGCGCGCCGGCCGCAUCGACGGCUUCGCGGUGCAGUGCACGCCCGACGGCCGCCUGCCCGACGCGGCGCAGGGCGCGGACCACGUCCGGAACAUCUUCUACCGCAUGGGCUUCAACGACCAGGAGAUCGUCGCGCUCGUGGGCGCGCACGCGCUCGGCCGCUGCCACUCGGACCGGUCUGGGUUCGAGGGCCCGUGGACGUUCUCGCCGACGAGCGUGACGAACGAGUUCUACAAGCUACUGAUGAACGAGAAGUGGGUGUGGAAGAAGUGGAGCGGGCCGAAGCAGCUCGAGGACAAGAAGACGCAGAGCCUGAUGAUGCUCCCGACCGACUACGUGCUCGUGCAGGACAAGGGCUUCAAGAAGUGGGUCAAGGCGUACGCCGACUCGGAGGAGCUCUGGUUCAAGGACUUCGCGGCGGCGGUCUCGCGCCUGUUUGAGCUCGGUGUCCCGACGCAGCAGUUCGUCGCGUCUGAGCCUUGGAUCAUGAAGGGCUCGAUGAGAAGUAGACGGGUCGUCCUGCUCGCUUCUAGCACGUCUGCGGUUCUGCAAAAGGUUCAAGUUAGUUUGCUGCAAACCCGCAACGCGUGA